AGUAGUUUAGAGAACCUGGGCGAGCAUCACGAAAAAAGUCAAAAGACAUUUAUAAACAUAAAAGGAAAAAAAAACUCUUGAUGUGAUCGUAAUGUAUAAUGUUAUUGUACCGGACAAAGUUGUUUUUAUUCAUUGUUAGCUGUCGUCAGGUCAGAGUAUCGCAAGAUUGAAUUCUUACCAAAACAACGAAGUUUUUGACAACUUCCUGAUGUUUAUGGCUGAUCUUGAAAUCCAAGUACCAUGAAGGACCAGUGCCCUCGAUGAAUUAUAAAUGACUUUGCCAAUUACUUUACAAAGGAUCCUAGCUAGUAAAGUGGCUACUACAUUAUUACUUCAAAGACUUCCUUACCGGGAAAGAAAACUGUUUUCUUUGGAAAACUGGGCUUGAUGAUGACUUACAUGUGAACAAGAUUCCACUUCAAACCGAUUUUUCACGCUUGAAAAUCCUUAAAUAGGCAAAACUUUGUGUUAAGACUGAAAAGCUAUGGAGAAGACCUUAGUUUUAGUUUUGAUGGCAGCUACAUUAGCUACAACAUCAGGAAAACACUCCGAUUCCUACAAUCAAAUCUACAAAGACAAUUCGCCGUCAGUAAAGCAGCUUCUUCUCCAAAUCGCACCAAAUGGACAAUUACCAGUCUUGCCCGACGGCUUCCCAACGCUGGAUAGCCUUAAAGCUGAGACCUUUGAUUCAAUUAUUAAAAAUGGUCAAGUUACUGCAAAAGUAACCCUUGAAGACCCUGUAGAUCUACUCGGCAAAGGAAUGACUGUGAGAGACCUUGCAAUGACCUUUGUAUUUACCCAGAAUGGAACCAGAAGAGGACAUUGGUCGUUUAACGCUAAAGGAAAAUGGCGGCAAGGUGACAUGUUAGCCGAAGUGCGCAUUGAGGAAUCUAAAGUCGGUAAUCAUCACACUUUGGUGGCAGCGGCGGACAGUGUUAACGUCUACCAAAUCGCGUCCUCCGUUUCUAAACGUCAAAGUAUCGAAUCCGCAGGGAUGAGUCUCGAUACCUUGAAGAAUCUCACCAUGAAAGAGGUAGAAAUGUACUCGGUUUUCAAAGRUGAUUCAGACUAYGUGUUCAUGAUAUCUGGAAAACCUUACAUUCCUGGAACGAACGCCAAAGAUUGCAAAGUCUUUGUCAGAAGACAGCCUAAAAAGAAAGAAGUUUUCACAAUUCUUUURGAGUUUCAAAAUGAUUUACCGUCGAUGGAUCUCUUGAGGCUUGUCAGCGAUGAUUUGUUUAAAAUCCCAUUUGUUAAUCAUCUCAUUGCGCAGACUAGACUUUUUCGCACCACCAAAACUGACUUCGGUUUUGUGGCCUCAACAGACGUCGUUGAUAAACUCCCGUUAAAGUCAUUUGGUGGAGGGAUACUCGCAAACGAGCUGGAUUCCCAAAUCUCAAAAGGUUUGACUCUUCUGCUUCCAAUCCAACUUGGUUCAAGCAAUGACAAACCAGUACGCGUUGCCGUGGAGAUUAAUCCUCCAAUGAUAACGUUUAUAACGGGUAGACACGAAGAUGUCAGCGUUGCACAGACUUUGAAGGCUUUGUCACCUUCGACUGAAGUAUCCGUCCUUCCCAGCGGUUUCCCCAACCUUGAGAAGAUUAACAUCCACAAGUUCACUUACAAUAUCUACCAAGAAACGUUUUACGUGCACUCACGCGUCAAACAAGAAUUUGAAGCAAUUCCYAAUCUUCUGAACUUGACCGACGUGGACGUCGUCUUCCGACAUCGAGUCGGAGAUCAGAUGGAUAAGUGGUCUUUUGAGGGGGCGGGUUUUACCGAAUUUGGAGGCAGUGUGGCGAAAGUGGUGAUGGGAGCCGACUUCGAGGAAGCAAAGACGUUGUACUUCCAAGGAACAUCGGAGAAGCUCUCAAUCAUGGAGCUYUCACAGGAACACGGAAUAUCUUUCAUUCCUGACGAAGAGAGCAAGAAAAUCGUUCAAAGUACAAAAAUGAACGAUUUCUUUUUCACAAAUCCAACCAUYAARUCGUCCUACUCGCCAACGGACAGGAAAAGGCUCAUUCAUAUUUCUGGAAAAGGACACUUUCCUGGAGUGAAGACGUUGACCGAGGCAGAGGCGGUCCUCUAUGACGUCAACGGCAAGCUGAACACAGCGGUCGGGUUCAUAUUUCCCACAAUUCCUAUGAACUCUCUUAUAAAUGCUGUCUCUGGUUUUGAYACGUCSAAGCUGAGCAUGCUYAAAAACAGCUACAAUGUUUCUUUAGUUCUAUCACCACAGGAAGACCAGUCACUCUUCUCCAGUGCCAUGUUGUCUGGGUUGUCGUUUGAUCGAGGGAUGUCAAUAGUAGGGYURAUUCGUGUCCCUGAGGACUGUGAAGGAUCGCGRCUGUGUGAGAAUACUGGUACAAUGUUGGAAAGUAAUGAGUGGUAUCGAAUAAAGGGYCUUAUUAAGYUKGAUGGGUUCARUUUGGAUGGAAAAAUCAAACGAAAUUUUCAGAUAGGAAAUAGCUUGAUGCUUACAGAUAACCGGCUUGAUUUCAGUAUCGAUGACGAMCCCUCAUUUAUGAUCCACAGUAAACUAUUGCUACCCAGRGAAAACCUUACGUUCUUUGGUUCCAUUGACUUCGACAACGAUACGGURUCCCUUGACAUGCAYAGYUCCGACUCUAUCUACCGCCAAAUCAAAGGUGGCAAAAUUAAAUUCGAUAAUCUCCGGGUUUCAGCGCCYAUGAUGAAACUUCURCCUCUGAARGAUCUGCGCAUGASMGGACGAAUGAACCUUGGAACACUUGGGAMAGCGGCUUUCCGCUCAGCAGAUGCGCUCAUCAACUAUCAACCGUCAAACCCAGACGAAAGUCGUUUUGAAGCGACUUUGAAACACAUGAGAAUUGAAGAGCUUGUGAACGCGCUAGUAAUGUCAAACAUCACGAUUCCCAAGGUCUUGAGCAAUGCGGAGUUUCCUGAAGGUCUUAAAGCCGUCUAUGAUACUUCCAUUGACAAGGGAUCAAACUUCUUCGUGUUUGGAAAAAUGCACUUGUUUGAGAAAGAUUUUCAUACAGUAAUGAAGAUGGAAAACUCAAGCGCACUAGUUCUUGACACUGACUACUCUAAAAGUCCCUUUGUUAUCUCCGAAGGCAGUGUUAUAAUCCAGAAAAAUAAGGAAAACUCCACUGGAGGUCCCAAACUUCACGUCCAAAUCACGCCACAGGGUACCCAGAUGAAGCUUCUUGGCUACGCAAAGGUCUUUGGGAUUUCUACUCCAGUCAAUGUGGACAUCWCGGAUAAAGGAACAGGGUUUCCUGUUUAUGGCAAGCUUUUCGACGUCAAUGAUGUUGGGUUUUUGAUCUCGUCUCAUGAUAUCUUGAGUUCCUCUGAAGCCGCACAAUUUUUGGCCUAUGGAUGUCUGGACAGCAUUAAGAAAAAUGUCACCAUGGGCGCAAAAAAUGAACUCAGAAAAGCCGCACACGAGGCAGACAACUUCAUUGCGCAGGCGCAUGACAACCUAAGAGAAGCUAAAGUGUAUUAUCGUAAGUCAACCUCGAUUGAGAGUUUGCUGAGAGAAAAACUGAACAAGAAGAAAGCUUUGUACAGGAAAAGAGAAAAGGAUGUCUGGAAAUCCGAGGAGAAGUUUAAUACGAGUUGUAAAUUUGGUCAUUGCAAAAAAGCGUGUAUUGGUUGUCCUGACUGGAAUCGCUGCUGUGCUCAUGACGUGUUUGGUAACUGUAUCGAGUGUCCKUCAUGGAAUAAAUGCUGCUACARGACYGGGGACCCUGUGUGUGUUGCUAAGAACCAUGGAUGUCAACAUAUCAGGAAGGUAGCGGAGGGGAACCUUGACGAUGCAAGGGAUAUACUUGCAGACGUCAAGACGCGAGUAGACUCACUCACAAAGAAGCUMUUCGAUGCUGAGUUCUCCAAGGGUAAAACCAAGGCUGUAUUAGACGCAGCUGGGAAGGCGUUGUCUUUAAUUGACCACGACUCGUCUACUGGUAUUUCUGCCUCAAAAGCCAUCAAACAGUACGGACUUGACAAUCUAGUCAACGUUACAAGCUUGUGCUUCAACGCUCCGUUAGAAUCCCUUGCGUCAAGCUGCGUGACCGUACGUGUUAACUUCACCACUAGUACCUCGACGGGCGYGAAGUCGUAUCCUUUCGACGCAUGUCUAAAUAAGGAUGUGGUGCCCAGUCUUGCUCAGUUUGUAGCAAAUACGCUAUUCCCGGAUGUGACAUCAGAGAGACAUAGGAGGAGUUUGUUGAGCGAAGAGAAAGACCCUGGUGCGAGAUACGAAUUGCCACGAAGAAGAMGGUCGUUGWCGGAGAAGAAAGGYGAUUGGAAAGAACAUGCYAACGAGACUAUCGAACCGUUCUGGGACCUGAUCAGCGAGCAUGACCCCCUAGAGGAUGACAAAAAACCUGUUGCAAAUCAUCCAGCGAUGUCUAAAGCAACGUUGAAAAGAAAAUGGAAGAUUCCAGUGUCAAAAGAAGGUCGAUGUAAGACGUACCAUCAGUUAUUGAACAUUUGCCGUGAUAUGAUGAAGACAGUCAAACACAUGUAYGCGUCCUACAUGUACGAACGAUAUAUGUUUGCCAAGGAGAAAGAUACKUUUAGAAGAAAACUACGGCGGGUUACUAAGCAACUUGAGGCCUCUGCCAAGCGUGURUCUGGAACGAAAGAUCAAAUGGCAAAGAUCGAGAGAAGUUUGAAUUUCCUCAGCAACGGUGUUAGGAAAUGGAUGGACAAAAGCAGCAAGACAAUUCAUAAACAAGACAUGAUCAGCGUAAAGGCCUGGGUCAAGGGAAUGGACACUAGGAUCAAGUCCCUUGGCGGAGAAGGUGUUAAUCGUUUUCUUACUAAUUUAUUCAAGGCAUUCAAUGGUCUGUUCGACAGCAAUAAUCUGAAACCCAAAGACACUGCAAAAGCAUUAACAGUACUACAAAGGAUCAAGAAAAUAGCGAAGGCUUUUAACCAAAUCUUCAACAAAGAUCUCUUACUGGGYAAAGCAAACUACUACGCUGACCGUGUUUUGUACGACAUCGCUGAGAUUGAAAGCGUUGCUGUUUACUGCAGAAAGUGAGCAAAGACAUCGCAAUCAAGUUUUACUGAUUCUUUUCCCCAAUGACGUCAUGCUAUGCUCUCCGAAAUGCACUAUGGGAUUGACUAGAGAACAAACAACAUGCUUUCUUUUCCUGAUAUCUUUUCCAYGAUUUUUCGUCUUUCAGUAUGUUCUGGUUUUCAUAGUUUUUUAUAAGGCGUCAGCCAUCUUGAAUACCAUGAUGCAUUUCGCGAAAACAACAUGACGUCRUUKUUGGAAGAAUCYAYAYRAAGACUUUUCUUUUAAGUGAYGCUCUSUCCACUAUGAAUAAGAACUUGAACUCUUUGUGACAAACAUUACUCGACUGCAGGCGAGCGGACCCUCUUUAUAAGCUCAACUAGUCAUUUUAGUGGUCAUCAUAACAAGCUUUUCACUUACGCAGAAUAGACAAAUCACUGAGGGGCAUACUUGUCUUUGUGAUCAUCAAUUUUUUUUAUCAAUUCGUCACUAUUUUAGCUGUUUUAUAAAACCCAAUAUGCUAAAUACCUGUGAUGGAACACCAGAUAGAAGUUAAUACGUAACAUCGCUAGAGAAUAUUCAAUAAUUUUAAGUAACAUAAAUGUAUGGUGUAAAAUAAUGGAAUUCUACCCAUUGUAUCAUUUAAUAAAAUAUCAAACAUACAAA